UCACGCUGCGAUUCAUUCAGCCACAUCACCCACACGCAUACUCCUGCCCAGCGUGAGCUCACAGUCUGUCUACCUUUCGCUUGAAAAUCUGCGUGUCCAUGAGAAACUGUGCUGUUGUUUCACACCUAAGGCAGAAUAUUACAGAUCUGACUGUUGUACACUUUCUUUAGUUUAGCAAGAAUCUCUCCUCCUUCCAAUGGGUCCCGGUAUAGUUAUACUUUUCUCUCUGUUCGGGGUUCUCAACGGACAAGGUGGAAAACAGAUGUCAAUAGAGGAGUGCUGUAAGGAUGGUCGGGACCGGGGCGUUGAUAACCAGGACUGCACAGCCCUCCCUCUCAUCUCCGAGUCCACCACAUGCAGGAUAGUGCAGGAGCAGUGCUGCGCGACGGUACUGGAGGACACCAUCUGCACCAACGGCAUCAACAUGGCCAAAGACCAGGGGGGCUGUGACACCCAGUUUCCUGGAAGCACCUGCGAGACCAAGACCGCAAAGAUGUGCUGUGACUGUUGUCUGCUGGGCCGGGCUGCUCAGGAGAAGGGUCUGCCCUGUGACCACAGCCUGUCUCUGGGCUACCAGUGUGGCCUGGUGUCCCGGGCCUGCUGUGAUGACGGUGUGAAGACCAACACUCUGGUUCCUGACAAAGACAACGAGGCCCUCACUGGCAAGGAUAAUCCCUUACUGAAUGAGUGCAGCAACGGAUUAGCGAAGUGUGCACAGGAAUGUGUGGGCAACGGCACCUGUGCCUGCUUCAAAGGCUACAAACUCAAACCAGAUGGGAAGAACUGUGAAGAUAUAAACGAGUGCCUGCUGGGUGCCAGUAACUGCCGAGGAGGCGAGCGCUGCAUCAACACGCUGGGGUCAUUUCGUUGCCAAAGAGAGGUCAGCUGUGGUACCGGUUACGAGCUUACCGACAGCAACAACUGCAAAGACAUUGACGAGUGUGAGUCGGGCACCCACAACUGCGCCCCAGACUUUAUGUGUCAGAACACUCAGGGGUCAUUCCGCUGUCGGCCCAAGAACCAGUGUGGCGAUGGAUACAUCCAGGAUGCCCUGGGCAGCUGCAUCGACAUCAAUGAGUGUCUGGCCCAGACUGGGCCUUGCCACCCUGGCCAGUCGUGUAUGAACACGGUGGGCUCCUUCACCUGCCAGAGCAACUCUGUCAACUGUGGCCGGGGAUACCACCUAAACGACAACGGCAACCGCUGCGUGGARAUUGAUGAGUGUAAAGGUCCUGAUGGAGCGUGUGCAGGCCACGGCUGUAUCAACCUGGUAGGAUCGUUCCGUUGUGAGUGUAAGGCUGGCUUCAUCUUCAACAGCAUCAGCCGCGUCUGCGAAGAUAUCAACGAGUGCAGGCACUACCCUGGGCGCCUCUGUGCCCACAAGUGUGAGAAUGUCCUGGGGUCCUACAAGUGCAGCUGCACCCAAGGCUUCAAGCUGGCCAGCGACGGCAGGAACUGUGAUGAUCUAAACGAAUGUGAGAGCAGCCCUUGCAGUCAAGAGUGUGCCAACGUGUACGGCUCCUACCAGUGCUACUGUCGCCGUGGCUACCAGCUCAGUGACAGGGAUGGCAUCAACUGUGAAGACAUUGAUGAGUGUGCCUUGCCCACCGGGGGUCACAUCUGCUCCUACCGCUGCCACAACACCCCCGGGAGCUUCCACUGCAACUGCCCCGCCACCGGCUAUACUCUGGCCCCCAAUGGACGCAGCUGCCAGGAUGUUGAUGAGUGUGUGACAGGGACACACACCUGCUCUGAGACAGAGAGCUGCUUCAAUGUACAGGGUGGAUUCAGAUGCUUGUCCUUUGAGUGUCCGCCAAACUAUCGCAGAGCAGGAGAGAAUCGUUGUGAACGCUUGCUUUGCAAUCAGACUAGCGAGUGCCUGGCCUCGCCUCUGAGAAUAACCUACUACCACCUCACCUUCCCCACCAACAUCCCCGUGCCCACCAACGUCUUCCGCAUGGGCCCGUCCAACACCGUGCCCGGAGACCAUGUCCAGAUUGCCAUCGUCGGCGGCAACAAGGGCGACUUCUUCAGCAUGCAGAGAGUGCCCUCUGGUGGCGAGAUGGCUGUGACGCGGCCCAUCACGGAGCCGCAGGACUUUGAGCUGUCUCUGGAGAUGAGACUGCUGCGUUACGGCACCACCAGCACCUACCUAGCCAAAGUCCUGGUGUUUGUUGUCCAGGAGCAGCCCAUCCUACCAUAUAACGCUAUCCCUGAGUAGAGGGUAGUAGCAUAUAGCAACAAGAAUACGGCAACAACAAUAACAGCCAAAAAAGAGCAAACACUGCCAUGAUAAGCAAGCACAAACACAGUUGACAUAGACCAGAAGCAGCAUUUUCUGUAAUUUGUCUCCUUGUUUUUGGUCUUAUUGUAGUUUUUGUGAUUACUGUAGCUAAGUAUAGCCCCACAAAAUAGUCCAAAUGUAAUGUACUCACUUGGAGGUACGUUGUUUGAAUAGCAGCUAGGUGGCACUCUAGGGCAGGGUAUUGAGGUAGUGGCCUGGGGAUGCCUAUUGAUUACUGUAUGUGAUGGUGUAGUCUGGACUCCUACAGUAUCUUAUGGUUGAUUUGUUUCAUGAAAUGUUUUCUAUUAAAAUUGGAAUAGACACAAUAGACGUUCAA